UAGAUUCUUCACUUGGCUUACAACCUGAAGUGCAACCAGCUGGAAUGGCCACUGCAGCGUGCUUUAUUUCUGGGGGAGCUGCUCCAGGCGCUGCGCUGGAGGCGCUGCUCGCAAAGGAGACAUCACUUUCGCUUUCAUCGGUAGAGCUGGUCUGCACGCAAGACAGCGCGUCUUCCUCAACAAAGUACACAUUCGGUAUGGCAGCCAGCACCUCAGCGCACAGUCAAGCCGCGCUCGCUCGCGUGGCGCGGUCGAUGGCGCCGGGCGGCCGGCUUUAUGUGUAUGAGACAAGCACUUCUGGGAGCUCGCGGCUGGAGGCUCUCAAGAAGGACCUGCUGUUGUCGGGUUUUGUGGACGCGGCGGAGCUGAGCAGCAGCGGCGCGGUGCUGAUCAGCGCCCAGUUGCCUCAGUGGGGCCUGGGCGCGGCCGCCAAGCUGUCGCUGAAGCGCCCCGCUGUUGCCAACGGCGCUGCGGCAGCGGCGCCCGCUGCGACCACUGCGGCUGCUGUUCCCCCCAAGUCGAACGUAUGGAAGCUGGGCGGUGAUGAGGACGGUGAGGAGGAGGAGCUGGUGGACGACGACGCCCUCCUGGCUCCCGAGGACAAGGCGGCGGUGGUGCCGAAGUACCCCGAUGACUGUGAGGUGGGAGCGGGCGGCGCGCGCAAGGCCUGCAAGAACUGCUCCUGCGGCCGCGCCGAGGCCGAGGCGGAGGCGGAGGCGGGCGGUGGCAAGGCCAAGCUGACAGCGGACAUGCUGGACAACCCCACCUCCGCCUGCGGCAACUGCUACCUGGGCGAUGCGUUCCGCUGCGGCUCUUGCCCCUACCGCGGCCUGCCCUCCUUCGAGCCGGGCCAGAAAGUCACGCUGGGAGCCAACCUGCUGGCGGCGGACGUGUAGGCAUUGUGAUGGGGGAGCUUGAAUAACUCAUGAGGAACAGCGGGCUCCGAAGUGCAGGCAGUGUUGUAGAGAAAGUUGAUGGGAACAUGGACGGGCGUGAGGGCAAGCAGGUGCCGCAGGUUUGUAGGGUUUGUCGCGUGGGAGGCCUAGGUGAUAGGCGUUGGCCUCGCUAAUGCAGGUGCAUGACCGCGGCUGGACGGCGUGGAUUGCGGUAUGAGGGUGAGUCGCGCUAGUGCAUUGAAGCUGACGGCUGGAUAAUAUGGGCAUCACAUGGGCCGCGGCGUGCUGGG